AAAAGGAACUGCGGAAGAAAAUAAAAGGUGGUGGAGACGCUAUUUUCACUUUUCUUUUUUCCUCCGCAUCCCCUCCUAUUUUCCGCAGCUCCAAUAUUUCUACCUCACUCCCCACUAGCAGGAACACAAAUAAAAUUACAAUGAUAAAGUCACUGAGCCGCAAUUCGCUCUAUCGGAAGACAAACAUCAUGUGAUCAGAUUUUUGGUGCGACACUGCUGACAAGGCUUUCCUUUCAGUUUCAGCUGUUUUACUGAUGAUAAAAAAAUGGACAGAAAAACCUCGCAGGAAAAUGUGCACCGCCCAAUGAGUAAGCGUAUAAAUCUUGGAUUCUGCCAUAUUAGUUCAUUCUGGGCUAACCUUCUGUUUGCAGUAAUUGCAGUGGCUGGUCAGGUUGGACAAAAUGUUACACUGCCGCUAUGGAUCGACUCAACAAACUCCGUCUCAAGCAACUCAACAGGAUACACACCUACAGUGGACAGUUACUUCGUGGUUUCAUUUGCAAGCCUGCUAUUUGUGAUCAUAUUCGGGAUAGGCAGCCUAGUUAUUAUCGCUAUAAAACCAAAUUUGAUCGGGGAGACCGAAAAGAAAUUCCCGAAAAAGCUCCUGGCUCAAGUGGGCAUCUGCGAUGGUUUAAAUGGUCUUUUAGUUGUGUUUGCAAGCAGCGGAAAAAGGACUGCCCCAUAUCUUCAAGCUAUUUUGGGGAAUUUUCUCAUACCUAUCACUUUGGCGAUAAGAUUUCUCAUCCUGAAAAAGAAACCGACUUUUCGAAAAUUAAUUUGUGGAAUGGUCGUUGUUCUUGGCUUGUUCAUCUGUUUAUUGCCAACAAUUUUCCCAAAAAUUGACCCCAAAAGCAAGCAAGAUCUGGGGGGCGCAUCUGGAGCUGCUGGUGUUCUAUGGCCAAUGUGUUUUAUGCUUGGAUUUGUUCCAGCAGCAAUAAUGAAUGUUAUUGAAGAAAAGAGCCUCAAACUCGAGAAUGUUACUUCAAGGCGGGGUAUCAAUCUUGUCUAUUUUUUGUUCUGGACUUCAGUUUAUCAGUUGUUGACUGUUGGGCUGUUCUUUUGGGCUGAUAUCAUACCUGGUUUUGGCAAUUCGAAGAACAUCAGCGAGUUCGCACAAAACUGGUGGUUUGGAGUAAGAUGUUUUUUUGGUGGGGGUGGAUGCACUCCAGUAAGUGGGACAAGAGGGACAAUUUUCAUCACCAUGUAUGUGCUGUCUUAUGUUGGUGGUGGCAAUCUUUUGAGAUAUGCUGAAGGAGCGACAUGGCUAGCAUUGGUCACAUCCCUGGUAACCCCUCUUGGAUUCGUCUUUUGGACCCUGUUCAAAGAGUCUCCUUUUGGAUGGCACCCAAAAGAGCACAUAAGCACUUGGUUCAGUAUUGGUGCCCUUGUGAUAAUGGUGCCAUCAAUCUACAUAUACAACACUGGGCCUCCAGAAAUAAGCAUGGAAGUUGACUUGAGGUAUGAUGAGAAGUAUCGUCACGUCAAUGAGCCUGAGAAUGAUGACAAAGCUAGCCUUUUGCCAGAGCCAGUGCUCUGAUGAUCUCGACAUCACACGAACUUCAUAGAUUAGCACAUUUCUUAUUCUUUAACAAGUUGAUGUAAUACUGCACUACCUGCCAGAGAGUUUGGUACACUAAAGUCAGAUUAACACGAGACGAAUUUUUCGUGCGAAACGAAUCUUUCGUUUCGAAUGCGCGAAGUAUAUGCGCAGAAGUAGAUAUAAGAAAAUUAUUUUCGAAUUCGUAGAGAAUAAUUCGCUUCGAAAAAAGUAGAAACUAUUCCUACUUUUUCGCUACGAAAUUUUUCGAGUUAUGAAAUAAACAAAUCAAAACAGCAUUUGACAGAGCUGACUGCUGUUUUUGUCCCUGAUGGCCUAUUCAUUUCCUGUUCCUCGUACACAAUCCAUGCAAGUGGAUUCAUAUCAGAUUACUAUUCCUUCAAAUUUGAAUUUCAAAUUAACGAAAACUGGCUUGAAAGUUCCAUCGUUCACAAAUAUGUCUGAAAUAAACGAUCGGCAAGAAUUUCUUAAAAACACUGAACUGCUUAUUUACUUGCUCAACAGCAGCUUUUUCAGUCAUAAAAAACUCAAGAUCGGUUCGAUUCAGAUGAACUAACAGGAUCUCACAUGUUUGCGCAGGCUUAGAUGGUGACAUUUGAAAGUAUUUGAAGAAGUAUUACUGGCCAUGUUAACGUAAAUCUCUUACUGAAAGAUGACAUUUCCUUUUCUGAAGACGUUCUAAAUAAUUUUUCUAACCCAGAAUCGCAUUCUUGCUGUUUUCCUCUCUUUUUCAAUGAGACUAACUUGAAAUUAUUAAGUUUUCUGGUAACAGCAUUCCUCGGACAGUCGCUAUAGUAUUUUGCUAUAUUUGCAGGAAAUUCGCAUAAUAAUUUCUGAACUUCGAAUUCGAGAGAAAAAUCCGCAGCUAAAAGCUUCGUCGCGAAAAACUCGCUUCGCGCGAAAAAUUCGCUUUGCGUGAAAAAUUCAACAACAUUGUCUUCCAAGAUAUUUUGGCAGUAAUUUUAGACAGAAAAUAAAGUAAGGAGAAUUAAAACUUGUUAAUUCUUAAUUUUUUAUCUUGUUAAUUGAAUUUUAAAAGCGAAUAUAAUGAUAGUUGAGUAGGAGUAAAUUCUUGAUUAUUUGUAUUUUUCCCAACAAAAGACUGUGUGCAUUUUUUACAACCUUUUUCUGCUUUGUGAGGUCCUAAUAAGCUUUUUGAUAAAUCAACCGCUGAAAUUACGCAUGCAGAUAUGC